UCUUGUUCGAGAACGCACGCACAGUGGCACACAUUGUCAAAAGUAGUUGUUAUUUUCGAUCACCUUAUUGCAUUUCCAGGUGUCUGGUGUGACUGCAGUGGAGAGAUAUGCAAAAACAAAUGUCUGGGAGGAAUGGUCUUCCUCUCCACUCUCUGCGCCUCAUGGUCCCACCACUGCGGCUGGUCUCAGCUGCCAUCUGGCAGACGGUCCAGCAGAGACACGUGAUGGAUUAUGGGAUGCUGGAUGAGUUUGUUACCAUGGUCACAGAGAUGGUUCCAGAGCUUCUGAACCUCAGACAGAGGGCCCAACUUAUUCUGGGUCUUCGAGCGCGGCUGGUCCUAGAGUUGUGUCGCUCCAAGCCGAUCACAGACCUCCAGACCAUUCAGCCACACCUGGACAGGAUACAGACCCUCACACCUCUCUGGGGGACACAGGCGACUGAUGCAGAGGUUGGAUUAUCUGAAUCCAAUUUCCUGGGGCUGGUUCAAACCCUUCUUAAAGACCCUGAUGAGAGAGAACAUUUCUUCCAGGAUGUUUUUCCUGUAGAAUUUGGUCCCAGUUAUGAUGCAGCCAUUCAGAAACUCAUGUGGCAAUUUCUUUCGAGACUUGAGAAGCUACUUCCUGUAUCAAACUUCCAACAGGCUGCCUUGUUGCUCAGCGAUGUUCCCUCUGUUCUGGAGGAAUGUGUUGAGUCUGUGUCUCACCCUCAGCAGAUGAAUAUCCUGCUUCAGUACCACAGAGACCUUGGCCCGCUGGACAACCAUGACCCUCCAUCUUCCACCGAUGGGGACUGCAUUCUCUCAGCUCUCUGUCUUCCUCCUGUGGAACGGGUGGUGAUUGCAACAGAGGUGGAGAAAGAAGAAACAAGUAUGGAUGUAAAAGAAAGAGAGGGGGUGGAUAGCAGGUCAGGGGAAUGUGAGAAAAACAAAACAUCCUCUGUUAGUGAUGAGGAUGAUGCAGAGUUUGUGGACCCCGAGACAGGCAAGGUGGAACCAAAGUACGAAACGGUGAUGGUUAUCGGGGAAGACGGGAUGGUGCAACCUUUUGAAGAUUUAAGUGUCGGGAAAAAGAGAUCUUUCAAAAAGCCUAAAAUAAAGACACACAAAGCCAGGGGAAGUCAUGGAGAACAAAUGCUUAGCAUAAUCAACAGCAAGUCUAAUGUGAUCAUAUCCUCUGUGCUUUACCAGCCCUCAGUGGAUCUACAAAGGGUUGACACUACCAACCUGAUAUUAUUGCCUUUUAUACCAGUAAGAAGAAACAGAGGGCUGAAGAUGAAGACAUUUCUGACACAAGAACAGAAACAAACCGACACAGAAUUUUCUGAAAAAUAUACAUUCAAGCAGUGCCAGAUUUGUGAGAAGACUUUCAGUCGAAGUGCAGACAUGAAGCGGCACCAGAAAAUCCACACAGGGGAGCCUAUCCAGAACCCAAAACAGAAAGAGUCAAAAGUGUGCUGCAUUUGCGGAAGGAUGUUCGCAGACAUAGAAAAGCUAGACAGGCAUAAGCUGGUGCACAACCCCUUGAAAUGCACCAUGUGUGAAAACAGCUUCAAUGGUGUCAAGCCCAUCAAGAAACACUAUCUGGAUGUCCAUAAAUUCAGCGGGCCAUUCCUCUGCACCUACUGUGAGAAAAGCUACACUGAGUUAUCAGAUCUUGUCAGACACGAGAGGACUCACACUCUCCCUUACCAGUGUUCCCACUGUCCAAAGAAAUGUAAAUCAUCAACGACUCUUGCCGAACAUGAAAGAAUACACACAGGUGAGAAAUGCCUUUGCUGGGAGUGUGGAAAAGCCUUUAUCAACAUAACAACGCUGAGAAACCACAUGCUAAAUGUUCACAGCAAACCUGAAGAUAAACACUCCUGCUCCCAGUGUGACAAAUCUUACGGGGAGAAGAGGGCGUUGGUAAGUCAUGUGAAAAUCUGUCAUGCUGGGGUGCGUUAUCCAUGCACAUACUGCGGUAAGCUGUUUCUUAGCAUGUCCUCAUUGACAAGGCAUGACCUGAUUCACACGCAGGAGAGGCCUUUUAAAUGCACAGAGUCUGAGUGCGGGAAGGGUUUCAAAUCGAAAUCUGAAGUGAAGGUACACAUGAGAUACCAUACUGGAGAGCGGCCUUUUCAGUGUAAAGUCUGUGAGAAGGGUUUUACUCAAAACUGUUAUAUCACUCGACACAUGCUAACUCAUACGGGGGAGAAGCCGUAUCCGUGUUCUGUCUGUGGGAGAAACUUUUCUGACUCUAGGAAACGGAAAAGACACAUGAUGACUCACACCGGAGAGAAGCCCUACAAAUGUUUAAAAUGCGAGAAAGCUUUCAGUCGGACAGAACUUUUGAAAGCACAUGACAAGAAAGAACACUGAGCAAAUUCAAGUCAAGAUUAAUAUUUUAGCGUUUAAGUUUUUGCCUAUAGAUGUUAGUUAAACAUUUUGUCCCACACACGUCUCCAACUCAAUCAUUGAGUUUGCAGACUAGCCCUGGAGAUGAGAGCCCUGAUGGAGUGGUGC